GUAUGUGUGUAUAUAUUCGACGACUUUUCUUCUUAUCUGAACGAAUGAUCAUGAAAGUAUAACAUCACUAUCGCACCCUCUCUUUACUAAAAUCCAUCUUAAUUUCAACCCCAUCUUUUAAUUAUCUCUCCAUCUCCAUCUCUAAAAUUAUUAAUUUCUCUCUAAAAAUUGAAAUAAACAUGAAGGACAGAUUCCACCGCCGCAACGCCGCCGUUGCCUCCGCCCUCGCUGCCGUCGUCAAGCCCGCCGCCUAUUUAAUCAUCCUCUUCCUAACCUACGCUCUCGGCUAUUUAUCAUCAUCCCGCUCUACGUCGUCGUUUUCCUCCUCCCGCUCUCCUCCUCCAAGUUCCGAUAUUACUUCUUCUUAUUAUUAUUCUCCCACUCCUCAACUCUUCCAGGUCACCGACACACCCACCGACCUCAAGCAAUUCCGAAUCACAACCCGCUGUUCCCCGCCCAUCCCUCACCAUCAGGUACGUUUAACAAUCCUCCAGAAAGUCUUCAACGGUAAAUCCCCUUUUCACGGCUUCCCUCCCCCGCACGUGGCUGAGCUUCUCCACCCGAAGAAAAUCAAAGGCUGGGGCUCCAACGGCGCCGUUUUCGAGAACCUUGUCAAACAAGUAAAGCCACGGACCAUAAUCGAGGUGGGUUCGUUUUUAGGAGCCUCAGCGACUCACAUGGCCGAGUUGACUCGUCAACUCGGCCUCCAAACUCAGAUUCUUUGCGUUGAUGAUUUUCGUGGCUGGCCCGGUUUUCUCGACCGGUUCAAGGAUUUAUACAUGGUAAACGGCGACGUUUCGCUGCUUUAUCAGUUCAUGCAGAAUGUUGUUGCAAUGAACGCUUCCGGUUCGGUUAUUCCAUUGCCGUUCUCGACCGGGUCGGUUCUUGAUAGCUUGUGUGAGUUGGGGGUUUAUGGGGACUUGAUUGAGGUGGAUGCGGGUCAUGAUUUUAACUCGGCUUGGUCUGAUAUAAACCGGGCUUACCGAAUUCUUAGACCGGGUGGGGUUUUAUUUGGACAUGAUUAUUUUACUGCUGCUGACAAUCGUGGGGUAAGACGGGCAGUUAAUUUGUUUGCUCAACUCAAUGGCUUCAAAGUCAAAGUGGAUGGUCAACAUUGGGUUCUUAUAUCUCAUUAAUUUGUUGCCACGUGUACAAUUGGAUUGUUGAUUUAUAAUUUGGGAUUUGAAAUUAAAUACUUGAGAUGACACUCAUAGACUUUUGUAAAUCGAUUGUAAUUUGUAUGUCAUUUAAAAUUGGCUCAAUCUAUAUGAGAAUAUAACUACUUUUUGUUUUUUUUU